AACAGAAGAAUAAUUGAAAGAAGUAAUUUCAUCUCUCUCUAGAUUUUCCUGGAAAGUUUUUUUAAUCACCACAACGCUCUCACCAGUUUUCCGGAGAGUCACCGCCGGCGAUGGCUCCUCACGACGACAGAUCCGACGUUGCCGAGGAGGCCAUGGUUGCCGAAGCCGAGAAGCGUCCCAUCGCCACCAUCGUCAUCAUCAUCGCUAUGCAGACUGAGGCGCUUCCGCUAGUGAACAGGUUCCAGCUGACGGAGGAUCUCGACUCUGUGUUCCCAAGAGGAGUUCCUUGGGUGCGGUAUCAUGGUAUCUAUAAAGAUCUGCAUAUCAGUAUAAUCUGGCCAGGAAAAGAUUUAGUUUUGGGGGUUGAUAACGUGGGCACUGUUUCUGCAUCUCUUGUGACCUAUGCUUCUAUCCAAGCAUUACAACCUGACCUUGUCAUAAAUGCAGGCACAGCUGGUGGUUUUAAGGCCAAAGGAGCAUGUGUUGGUGAUGUUUUUCUUGCGACUGAUGUUGCUUUCCAUGAUAGGCGGAUACCUAUUCCUUUUCUUUUGCAGGUCUUUGAUCAGUAUGGAAUUGGUUUAAGGAAGGCCUUCUCAGCACCCAAUCUUUUAAAGGAGCUUAACCUAAAGAUUGGUGCAUUGUCCACCGGGGAUUCUUUAGAUAUGUCUCCACAUGAUGAAUCAUCAAUUUUGGCAAAUGGUGCUACAGUCAAAGACAUGGAGGGAGCGGCCGUCGCCUAUGUAGCAGAUCUUCUAAAAGUCCCUGUGAUAUUCAUAAAGGCAGUGACUGAUCUCGUGGAUGGUGAAAAACCAACAGCCGAAGAAUUCUUGCAGAAUUUGGCAGCUGUAACUGCUGCACUCGAUCAGUCAGUCACCAAAGUUGUUGAUUUCAUCAACGGGAAGUGCAUUUCUGAACUUUGACGAACACGAACCUCUAAAGACCGAUCCGGUGGGGUCUCAACUUGCAGGUUUCUAUAAAGAUAAACAUGGAGGUAUCUCAUAAACACCUCUGUUUCAUUAAAAAUAUCAUAUGAAUGAUUGAAAAUGUGUAAUUUAAAAGUUAAAACAGCCAAAGUUCCCAGUUUGGUUAGGCUUAUGUUUCACUUUACUGGUCUGAGUCUCAUCUAAUGAAAUCUAUGGAUUAUCUGCAAAUUGACAUCUUCCUAGUCAGUUGCAUACUA